CCCACUCCUAAUGUGGUAGACUUUAGUUUCUUGCGAAUUUUUUUUGCGAAUCGGAAAGCGGACACCGAGAAAACGGUCACCUUAAAAUGGUUGUUACAUGCGAGAUCAGCUUUGAUAAUAAUAGAUAUGGCACCUUCUAUGCUGGGCAAUUGGUGGAGGGCUGUGUCACUCUUAAAUCGGAUAAGCCCAAGGAAGUUGAAGCUAUCGUAGUCAAAGUGGUCGGCUAUUCACUUACCAAAUGGAGUGAGAGGCAAUUGACGAGCAACAAAUUGUUUGCAGGACGAGAGGAUUAUUUGUCAACGAUUGUCUAUUUGGUGGGCUCUGAAGAAAACAACAAUAGACACAUCAUUGAGGCUGGAGUGCAUACAUAUAACUUUGCCUGCCAAUUGCCCUAUCAGUGCCCUUCAUCAUUCGAGGGUCGCUAUGGUUGCAUACGUUAUUUAGUUAAGGUGUUAUUGGUAAGACCCUGGAAAUAUAAUCAGGCCUAUACACAUGGCUUUACGGUGCUCAAGUUGAUGGAUUUGAAUUUCGAGACGCCUCAGUUAAGGGUGGCGACGCACAGUGAGGGUUAUAGGACAUUCUGUUGUGGUCCCUGCAAAACGGAUCCGCUUAAAAUGGAGCUGCAUCUGCCCCAAGCGGGUUAUGUACCUGGCCAACGUAUACCUGUGACUGUGACAGUCAUCAAUAAUACACAUUUGGCUGUCUCAGAGUUACGACUCUGUCUGGUCAUGCUUGUGCGUUAUUACAGUAUAAAACCAGAGCACUCACGAGUGGAAAGAAUUAUUAUAUCGCGGGCCAAAGGCGAUUCCGUCUUACGUCAGUGUACUCGAUCUAUUACCCUGCAUAUGGAUGUACCGGCCACACCGCCCACGUGUCUAGAGCAUCUUAUACAGAUUGCCUAUCACCUGGAGGUGGAGGCUAUGGUGAAGAGUUUACGGGAGCAACAACUAAUGAUUAUGCCCUUGACCAUUGGCACCAUUCCCUUGGCUGUAUCUGGCAUUGUAGUGCAGCAGCCGCCACGACGCAGUGCCCACUACGAGGCAGCAGGACCAGCAUCAGGCCAAAGAACUACCGAUGAGCUACCCAUGGUGACAUCCAUAGCCACUAUCCCAAAUGGACUAACACCUAGUUCGGCAGAUAUUGCUCCACCCAAAUACGAGGAAUCAAAGUUCACGGUACGUGGCAACAUCAAUGAGGAAGAGCUUUAUGCAUUUGGAAAAAAUGAAUUUGCACCUCUAUAUCCUGUUUAUAGUAUACCAAAUCCUCCACCGGUUCUAUCAUCCAAUAGUCGAAACAUUGGCUACAUCAACCAAAGUUUCAAUUAAUGAACAAAGCUUCCAUUUACUUGUAGCCUUUAAAUUGCUUUUUUUAAAAAUAUAUAUAACA